UGCAGCGAGCAGCUUGCUCUCGAGGACGUUGUGUCCUCUCUUCUGGACUUGAGCAUGCUCCAGGCUCGUCAGGAGCGACUCACCCUCCAUGUCGCUGCACUGCGUCGCCUUCUCGCCAUCCUCUCUGACCCCGAUCGCACCCUCCCGAUCAUCCCCGUACGACUUGGGACCUCCACGAGGGUGUACUCAGCGUUGUGGGAUUCCGGUUCUCAAGGCGACUUCAUUCACCCACGCGUGGUGAAGGAAGCCCGCUUACCCACGACAAGGUCUCCGACUCCCAUCUCCGUUACCCUAGGGGAUGACAAGACUCAGCGCUUCUUCGAUCAGACGGUCACCGACCUCCCCUUCUUCAUCACUCUCGAGCCGACUGAUCGUUCCCCGGCGUCUCGUCGCCACCGCUCCUCUGCACAUUUCGAUGUGAUGGAAACGGGGUACGACUUCAUUCUCGGCACUCCGUGGUCUCGUCGGUUCCACGGCACCGAGGCCGAUUGGGCGACCAACACUCUCGUUCUCAAAACGCAGUGUGGACAGACGUAUCGCGUACCUUUCAUAGGUACCACGACGACACCACGCCCCGAUCCUCCUCCCCCGGAGCCUUCAGUGCCCACACCAUCUCCUUCUAUCACUGUCACCUCGCCUCGGCAGUUCGCUCACUUCAUUCGACAGGACGACGUCACCUUYUUUAUGGUGGACGUGACGGAUCUCUUACACUAUGAUCCACCCUGUCCCGACGCCGAGCUCAUCCCUCUGGAGCAAGAUCCUCCCUCUAUCUCCAUGGCUCCCAUCUCUACUUCCGUCCCUCCGCCGUCUGUCGAGUCCACCCCGCCGUCGCGCGCGGACGCUGACGCUGAGGAACUCGCACGAUAUACGGCUGACUUGGAGCCCGCAGUUCGUGACCUCAUCCGAGAGUACCACAACGUUUUCCCAUCGUCGUUCUCGUACGCCGGCAUCCCACCGAUGCGUGACGUCGAGCAGUCCAUUCAGCUUGUGCCUGACUAUCGUGUUCACCACCAGGCACCCUACAGACUCUCGAUCCCCGAGGCCACCGAACUCAAGCGUCAGCUUGAGGAGCUCCUGAGACUGGGAUUCAUUAAACCCAGCAACUCCCCGUGGGGUGCACCCGUCCUCUUUGCUCGCAAAGCGGACGGAACUCUCCGUCUCUGCAUCGACUAUCGCGGUCUCAACCGCUACACGGUUAAAAUCAGCUACCCCAUGCCUCGUUCCGAUGAGUUGUUCAACCGCCUAGCAGGCAACCGCUUCUUUACGAAGAUUGAUCUUCGUAGCGGUUACCAUCAGAUCCGCGUCGUUGCAGCCGACCAGCCGAAGACGGCGUUCCGAUCGCGCUUCGGCCACUACGAGUUUACGGUGAUGUCAUUCGGCCUCACCAAUGCACCCGCUACCUUUCAGAGGGCGAUGAACGACAUCUUCAGGGACAUCCUGGAACAGUACGUUCUCAUCUACCUCGACGAUAUCCUGGUCUACAGUCGUACCCUUGAGGAGCACCUCAGACACCUCCGGGACGUCCUUGACCGCUUGCGCAGACAUGACUUCUACGCCAAGCUGAGCAAGUGCCGCUUUGCCCAGCACAAAGUGGAUUUCUUAGGACACUACGUGUCUGACCAGGGUCUCCACAUGGACGACGCGAAGAUCACUGCUAUUGCGGAGUGGCCCGCCCCCACAUCCGCCAAGCAGCUUCGCAGCUUCCUAGGCCUGACGAGCUACUAUAGUAACUUCAUCCGGGGAUACGCUAGUUUGAAUCUGCUGUUGAAUACUUUCCGUGAAAUCAGGGCCCUCCAGUCUCGCUUUUUCUAUUUCGUAGGUGCAUCUCCUGCGCCAGAGGGCCCAGAGUACCGCUCUGCGGCCAAGUUUGAACAGGUUGCAUGUGAAAUCGUCUGACUGGCCCGGUGCGAGGACUUCACACAGCAAAGCUUUCCAGUCCCAAGGCCACUGGAUCUGAGUCUCCAGCUGGCCCCAUAUU